UGGCCAACUUGAUCCACAACAAGUGCAUGGGGCUUACCAACUGGUAUGGCCUAAUACCAGAGCUUUUCCCCAAUGUUAAGUAUGUUCAAGGGAUCAUGACCGGGUCGAUAGUGAUUUCCAAAGGAACAAAGUACCUACCUACCUACCUAAUCACAUUAAUGUAUGUACCGUUCCAAGACAGGUCUAUUCUUAGCUGCUGGCAACAAAUUUUGGAUUUACUAGCCCUUGUUUCAUCCAACUCACUGCACCUGGACUUAGCAUGUUAUUUUUUUCCUUCAUUUUUACAUGCAACCGGUUAUACAAAUUAUGCUUGUGUCCCUUUCUUUGAAACUUUGGUAGCAUUCUCUUUUUUUUCUUUUCAACUUAAGAGUUUUAUCUUAUCACAAUAAAAUCAUGUUUUUUCCUACUAAAUAAAUUUGAUACAUAAAUCAAAAAAAUUUAAAAUUUUCUUUUGUAAAUCCUUUUUAAGAGACUUCAAAAUAAAGAUCCAAGGAAAAGAAUGACUGCAGCACAAGCAUUAGGUGAGUUUCUCAUCUAUUAUUUGAGGGUAUUGGUUUUUCUUCUAUUCUAUUCCUUACAGCCUACAGGUAAGGACUCUAUGAAAAGACAGCUAGUGAUGCCAUGACUCCCAUAACUGAUAUAUUUUCUAUUGAUAUUAAUGUAAAGCUUGAUAGGGAUUUGAUGAAUCCAAUAUUGGAGAAAGGGCAUAGCAGAGUUCCUGUCUAUUAUGAGCAGCCUACAAAUAUUAUUGGACUUGUUCUGGUUAAGAAUUUAUUGACAAUUGACCCAGAAGAAGAAAUACCCGUGAAAAAUGUGACCAUCCAAAUAAUUCCAAGGGUUCCAGAAACGUUGCCACUUUAUGAUAUUUUGAAUGAGUUCCAGAAAGGCCAUAGCCACAUGGCUGUUGUUGUCAGACAUUGUGAGAAGACAGGGCAACAAUCUUCCAACAAUAAUGCCGAUGUGAGAGAUGUAAAGGUAGAUAUUGAUGGUGGUGAGAGAACUGGAACGUAAAAUUGUUCAACUUGAACUAGACAAUAAGGAAUUGGGAGAUUUACUUAAAGAAAUCAGGGAAGCUCUGAGGGAGGAGCAAACGGCUGCAUUGGAUAGAAUUGAAGCAGAAUAUAGGGAGCAGUUGGCAGGGCUGAGAAGAGAUGCUGAAAGCAAGGAGCAAAAGUUGGCUGAACAAUGGGCUGCAAAACACUUGCGACUUACUAAG